AAUAUUGUCAGUAGACUUGACUUUACACCAUGUUGUUUCUUCUUGCUGUAGUCUGCUAAACGAAUCCACAGGAAAUCCCUGUAUGAGAGUUUUGUUCCUGGAGAUCGAUCUCGUGAUGAUGAGGGAGGAAUGCCGAGUCGAGAUUCAGAGCGCGAUCGGGAAAGAGAGGCGGACUGGGAGAGAGAUCGAGAAAGAGACAGAGAGAGGGACAAAGAGAGGGACCGUGAAAGAGGCAGGGAGAGAGAACGGGAACGUGAACGGGACAGGAGCCGGGAUAGAGAAAGGGACAGAGACAAGGACAAAGAGCGAGAGCGAGACAGAGAGCGAGAAGGACCCUACAGACGGUCAGACUCGUAUCCAGAGCGCAGAGGUGUGCGCAAAGGAAACACUGUGUAUGUAUACGGCACAGGUUUAGUGGAAGACAGUUUGCGCUCGGCCUUUGCACAGCAUGGAAACAUCAUCGACCUUUCGAUGGACUCACCACGCAACUGUGCCUUUGUCACCUUUGAGAAGAUUGAAUCAGCAGACCAGGCUGUGGCAGAGCUGAAUGGCACUAGUGUGGGUGACGUCAACAUCAAAGUCAGCAUUGCCAGGAAGCAGCCCAUGCUUGAUGCUGCCACAGGGAAAUCUGUCUGGGCUUCUCUUGCUGUGCAGAACAGUGCCAAGGGCUCGUACAGAGACAAACGGAGCCAGGUCGUCUACACUGAAGAUUUUUGAAAACCGUUAUUUAGCAUAUGUUAAACUUGUAAAAAGGUCCAGCAGUAGAUUUUGUCGACAUACAGCAGACACUUUGUUUUUCAAAGACGUGAUGAAGUAAAUCUGUUACUUUUCUGUCAUUUAAUUAGCAGCGUUUACUGCUCAGUGUUUCUGGACAUUUAGCUCAGUCAUGGAUUAUGACAUUGUGUUCAAUAAAUAAUCAAUAAACUUUUCCA